CUUCUUUACUUAUUAUCAACUUACUUACAUACUACAUAUUCCCGGUAGACCCACACAGAUAAACCAGCAACAAUAGUAAUGCAAGGAAAAUAAGAACAGUAUUACCUACAUCCUCCGACAUCUCGCCAACAUAGUCCGAAAAGCUGGACUCGCACUGGUCCAUCUUGGGCCGACGGCGUACCACCAAUCGCUUGCUUGACCAACACCUAUUUGUUCACUUCAUCCGACUCGCCACAGCUACCUGUCGUCGUCCAUUAUUGUUAAAGCCGCCAUCAGCGUAUCCGUACCAUACAUUGUUGGCAGUCCAGAGCCGCAUACAAUGUUCGGUGACGCCUCUCAUCACGUUUUUGAGAUAGCGCUAGCUCUUGCAGUCUGCCUGUCCAUUGGCUUCACAUUAUUCUUGCUCACCUUGCCCUCGCGAUACGAUCCCUACAAGAAUAGGGCACCUGGCAAUUCCGCUGAGGGCGAAGAUGAUGGCAAGCAGUCGGAUGCAGAAGGGAAGGUCCCUGGUAAAAGCCUAUGGGGAGCGGGCAAGACCUUCCAAAUUGUCGUCUUAGGCGACAUUGGCAGGUCUCCCAGAAUGCAGUAUCAUGCCAUAAGUAUUGCAAAGCACGGCGGGAAGGUAUUCUUGAUCGGAUACAAUGAGUCCGAAAUCCACCCGGACAUUCUAUCAAAUCCCCAUGUGAAGAUUGUGCCACUUUCUCCUGCACCAGCUAUUCUUCGCUCUAGCAGCAAGAUUCUCUUUCCAAUUCUUGCACCUCUCAAGGUUAUAUGGCAGACAAGCAAUCUCUACUAUGCUUUAUGCUAUCGAACAGAACCCGGGAGGUGGAUGCUCGUUCAGAACCCACCCUCGAUUCCAACACUGGCCAUUGCAACAAUUGUAUCUUUCAUUCGCAACACUAACCUAGUGAUCGACUGGCAUAACUUUGGAUACUCAAUUCUAGGCCUCAAACUCGGACCGCGCCAUCCUCUUGUCAAGAUAUCCGCGCUUUACGAGAAACUAUUCUCCCGAUUCGCAUCCCACCAUAUCACCGUCACCAAUGCCAUGGCCCGCGUCCUCAAGAACGACUACGGCGCACAAGCCGUAACCCUCCACGACAGGCCAGCAUCCUUAUUCCAGCCAAUCUCCUCCCAAGCCCGCACCUCAUUCCUCACUCGCCUCCCGGAGACAUCCUCCUAUGCCCAAGACCUCACAUCCGAUUCCACUUCCACCCCCUGGAGACUGCUGGUAAGCUCCACAUCCUGGACUGCAGACGAAGACUUCUCCCUCCUCCUCGACGCCCUAUGCGCCUACUCCGCGCAAGCAACCUCGAAACCCAACCUCCCCAAGAUCCUCGCCAUCAUCACAGGAAAAGGUCCCCAGAAAGAACACUACCUCUCGCGAAUCGCCUCCCUCAACCAGGAAGGCAAGCUCAAAAACGUCGUAAUCAGCACAGCGUGGCUCACACCCGAGGAUUAUGCACUCCUACUCGCGUCCGCAGACCUCGGCGUCUCGUUGCACACUUCAUCGUCCGGCGUGGACUUGCCGAUGAAAGUUGUCGACAUGUUCGGCGCGGGACUUCCUGUGGUUGGGUGGGGGAAGUUCGAGGCUUGGCCUGAACUCGUCAAGGAAGACGUCAAUGGGAAGGGUUUUGGCAGUUCGGAUAAAUUGUGGCAGUUAUUAGUUAAUCUUUUUGAGGAUAGAGACGGUCUGCUGGCUACUUUGAAGGAGGGAGCUCUGAAGGAAAGCGAGUAUAGGUGGGACGGGGAAUGGGAUAGCGUUGGGGGAAAAUUAUUUCAACUUUUGUAGGAUGGCUGAAAAAUUAGAGAAAUGGAACAUCC